AUGGGGGGAUUACGAAAUCCUGAACGUGCUGCGCAAGUGCGGGUCUUGUCCGCACUGGCCCGCCAGCAUGGCUUAGAAACUCUAAACGAUGCCGCUGCCCGAGCCAAAGUCGAAAAACUGAGCCGUGAUUUAUUGAAUCUUCAACUAACUGAUGAAGUACGACAGCAAGUGGUCGGAGCUACUGCAGCUUUCCAAGCCACAUACCCAGAUGCUCAACCACAAGCCGUUCAAAACCCGGCCGACAACAAAGUGUGGAAGUUUUCCGCGGUACAGUUGACGUACAACUGCAGUCAAGGCGAGUGGGCUUCCCAGGAAGAUGACGUCUUGAAGAGGUUGUUCAACCGCUUCGUUGGCUUUUUGAUCGGAUGGUGGUUGGAUAACCUCAUGAAAGCCGGGAAGCUGACGCGGGCAACAUACCUGCAUUUGGCUGCCCGCGUGACAGUGGGGUUUCAGAAGCGCUUGGCUGACUGUAAAGCCGCCGAACGCUAUCUGCAAGAGGAGUCGUUACGCUCUGACGUUUCGGCUCAACAGCAUGCGCUUGCACCAGCCAUGCUGCCCAUGAAGGUGUACCCCCAGGUCGAAGAGUUUAUUGGGCUUCAUGAUGGCCAAGCCAAGUUCCGGCGGCCUAUCUUGGCCAUCGUGGGGGGCACCCGAUUGGGAAAGUCGGUUUUUGCAGGGCAUGUGUUGCGUCGGGUCGGUGAACGGGUGAACCUGGCCGACUUCUUAGAAAUCACGGUGGAAGACUCGGAACAGAUGGAUUUGGCGGAAUUCGACCGCCGAAUCCAUGCUGGAGUCAUCUUAGACGGGGUCGGGGAUGCCCUGUUUUUAAAGCGGCACCGGGAGACCUUGCAAGGUCGUCCCAAAGUGGUCAAGGGCGGCAAGUCCGCAACGAAUGUCUACGCGUAUUCAUUUUCGUUUUGCGCGCGAGCUAUCGUUGCAACCUUCGACCUCAGUGCACGCAACUUGGACCUUUUGGAAACCGACCACUGGUUGUCCAACAGGGAGAAUGUCAUUCUUCUUAAAUUGACAGAGCCGGUCUACUCGACAAUGCGAAUGGAUGUAGGCCCCUUCCUUUUUGAAGACGACGACGCGACACCUGCCGCAUCACACCGCCCGGCGAAACGCCAAUGGUUGGGAAGUCCUGUAAGGCAGGGCCCGCUUUUGCCUGCUCGCAACGGAUGA